UUUUUUCUGUCCCCUUCAACAACAAUGGACAAUUAAUUUUUCCAUUGGGUUCAAGCUUCAAUCUGUUUUUCUUUCUUACAUGCAAUGGCGUAGUGUUGAAUUAUGUAUUACUGUAAUGGGUUUCCUGAUUAGUGGCCUCGGAUGCGAGAUUUAGAUGCAUCAUGAUGCUAUGAUCGUAAAUUUAAUAUCUGUUUACAUUAAAUUUAUUUUGAAGGGUUCAAACUUUAUGAUUUGUAUAUGUUUGGAGUUCUUGUUGUAGUUAACCUUUUGUCAAGUGCUUGUUGAAAAGUUUAGUUUCAAGAAGGGGUCAAUUGCUCAGCCUGCUAUUCUGUGACAUGCAUGUGGCUGUUCUGUGUUCAAAUGCAGGAUUGUACUGUUCUGCUGUUGCUCAGACAUUAAAGCUGAAGUUGCAUAAUGUUAUAGAGUCCUUCAGUAUAUGGUAGAAUUUGUGAUGUACUGUUGGUCAAAUCUAUAGCGUUUCAUAUUAAGGUGUUUUCUUAGAUACUGCCAUAGGAUUGCAAUUUAAGGUUUGAUAUGUUGAAACUUGUUUAGCUUCCUGUAAUUGUCAUGUCUGGUUUUUAAUGUGGAACCCCAAGGUGGUUAAGUACACAGAAGUUGUUGGCCACUUGUUCAUGUGGGCGGAUCCUUGGGAUUACUUGUUUUGCAUUAAAUGAAAACUAGGUAAUGCCUUUUGUGCAGAAAUAAUGUUUUGAGUCCACUGCAAAAGAAAAGAAAGGGUUAGAAAAGGGGAAAUCUUAUAAUAAUAUUUUGUAAAAAUAUUCUUUUGAAUACAAAAUAUUCUUUUGAAACUCACUAUCAUUUUUACUUACAACUGUUGUACCUUAUGUUGACCGCAAUUGCGUUACACAUUUAUACUGCUUGCUAUCAUAGAACCAUCUUUAUUGACUUCUUUGGAGUUUUAUACAUCUUUUGUUCUUCUCUGAAUACCGUUCUCUUGUUGAUGGUUGCACAUGAUAUGUGACUGAGAUGCAAUUCUGCAUGGGACAUUGUUAAAAGUAUUAUUAUUCGUGCUCGCACCAGUCUUCCAUAGUUAGAUAUAGAUGGUUCCUUGAUUCACAUGGAGGAGAUUAUAUGUUUCAUGUCAUUUGUUGCUCUGUAUGCUUUGCAAGAGUGUUUUAUUAAGGAGCAUAGGUUACUGAUGUCCUUUGUCACAGCCUCACAAGAUCAGUGAAUGAUUUUACUUUUGCAGAUUUAACAGUAGCGAGAAAGUAGCUUCUCUUCAAUAGUAAAUUAUGGACACCAAGGGUCAUCAAAGAGUAAAGAGAAAUGACUAUCUUGUUAAACAAAAUGGUGGCUCUCAUCUGUCAGAUUUUGAAGAUGAAUUUGAUCCAUGGACUGCGUGGGCAUACAAGCCUCGCACAAUUACAUUGUUACUGAUUGGUGCCUGUUUUCUUAUUUGGGCAAGUGGAGCACUUGAUCCCGAAAGAGAUGCAUCAGGUGAUCUUGUAACUUCUGUUAAAAGGGGUGUAUGGGCAAUGAUUGCAGUUUUUCUUGCUUAUUGCCUGCUGCAAGCUCCCUCCACGGUUCUGAUCAGACCACAUCCUGCAAUUUGGCGCCUGGUCCAUGGCAUGGCUGUUGUUUACCUUGUCGCACUUACAUUUUUGCUUUUCCAGAAGCGUGAUGAUGCUAGACAAUUUAUGAAGUUUCUUCAUCCUGAUCUUGGUGUUGAGCUUCCUGAAAGGUCAUAUGGUGCUGAUUGUCGCAUAUACAUACCUGAAAACCCCACAAGCAGGUUUAAGAAUGUUUAUGAGACACUUUUUGAUGAGUUUGUUCUCGCUCAUAUCAUUGGAUGGUGGGGAAAGGCAAUAUUGAUACGUAAUCAACCCCUUUUGUGGGUGUUGUCGAUUGGAUUUGAGUUGAUGGAGUUUACCUUCCGCCAUAUGUUACCAAACUUCAACGAGUGCUGGUGGGACAGCAUUAUUCUCGACAUCUUGAUCUGCAAUUGGUUUGGUAUAUGGGCAGGAAUGCAUACUGUUAGAUACUUUGACGGGAAAACAUACAAGUGGGUUGGUCUAAGCCGCCAACCUAAUAUAAUAGGAAAAGUGAAAAGAACAUUAGGCCAAUUCACACCAGCACAGUGGGACAAGGAUGAGUGGCAUCCAUUGCUUGGUCCAUGGCGUUUUGUUCAAGUGCUUAGUCUCUGUAUUGUUUUUUUGACAGUGGAACUAAAUACAUUCUUUCUGAAGUUUUGUCUCUGGAUACCUCCACGGAACCCAGUUAUAAUUUAUAGGUUGAUUUUAUGGUGGUUAAUAGCAAUUCCAACCAUUCGUGAGUACAACACAUACCUUCAAGACAGGAAGCCAGUGAAGAAGGUUGGAGCAUUUUGUUGGCUGUCACUUGCUAUUUGCAUUGUGGAACUUUUGAUUUGCAUCAAGUUUGGACAUGGUUUGUAUCAUAAUUCAAUGCCUUUAUGGCUAGUUAUCUUCUGGUCAUCAGUUGGAGUAACUCUUGUUACAUCCUUGCUUGUUUGGUCUUGGCAACUGCAUCGGAAUCUAGGGAAGAAGCGGCGAUAACUUUACUGUUCAAAGUAGUGCAUCAAUUCUUUGAUUCCUUCCCGAUUUUGAUGGUCAUUCACAUUCACGAAUGACUUUCUACAUUAUAAUUGUAAAUGAUGAGUUUCCUAGGAUAGUGCUCCACAGUUUCUGAGCAAACAAAUAUUAGAAUUUCGGCUGGCAGAAAGAACUUCUGAUAUGAGAGGCAUCUGAACAGGUUUCUUUAAAUAAGUGAGUUUGGUCAAUUUCUUCCCUAUAAUGUCAAUUCAUUGGUUUCAGCUUUUUGAUAAAGGGAGAACUCUGGGCUUCUUUUUUUACUUGUACUGUGUGACUAGAAUUUGCAUGAUGCAAGGUUGGCCUUAUGUGUUUA